AUGGUGAGCAUGAACGCCGCCAAUAAAAUUCCGCUGUCGUUCUUCGAAGAUGACACGAUUGAGGCAGCGUUGUCGUCGGCCCCAUCGACGCCGGGCGAUACGGUCGCCGCCAGCAUUGUCAAGGCCGCUUUGAACGUGCAUAGAGUUGGCCUCGUCACUACAUCUGACGAUGAAGUCCGCCUCAUACCCUUCCAUGGCCUCUCCGCCGAAUGGAAGCUGACAGCCGAUCUCGAUGAAGAGUACCAUAUUUCGUAUCCGGGCUACAUCUCAUCCAAAAACGGCCCCAAAUCUUCCAACGCCACGCUCGACGAGAUCCAGCGCCAGAUUACGGGCGGAAACAUCCCAGCGACGGACUUCACUUACCUUGGUAGCGCAAACGACGACGCGGCCAACAGCGUCUUCGCCAAGAUCAUCUGCGGCGAGCUGGAGCAGUGGCGUGUGUGGGAGAGCGCGUCACACGUUGCAUUCCUCACGCCGUUCGGCAACACGCCUGGCUUCACCGUGCUCGUCCCGCGCAAGCCGCUCGGCAGCGACAUCCUCGCCAUGGCCGAGCCAGACCUGCGCGAGCUCACGGCUGCCAUCUGGGAUGUCUCGCACCUCCUGCAGAGCUCUCCCGCCCUUGGGGCGUCGCGGGUCGGCCUCAUCUUCGAGGGAAUGGAGAUCGAUUACGCGCACGCGAAGCUCAUUCCAAUCCUUGACAAAGACCUCGGCAACCCUGAGCAACAUGUUCCGGAGGCUAUAUUUACCGACGUGUACACGGGAUCCAUUUCGUCUAAGCCCGGUCCACCUGCGGAUCUCGAUGCGCUCCAAGAGCUCCAGGUCAGGCUUUUACGUGCUGCAGAGACGCAGAAGUCGUGA